UGACUUAUGUUACAAUAGCACGUUUCAAGUAAUACGUCUUGAAAUUCUUCCUAACUUCACCGUAAAAGUAAGUACUAGUUUGUCAGGAUGGCGGAGUGAUCUACAUUACGCCCCACCGAACUACUUGUGUCCAGGAGCUGGAGGAUAUGGCAGGGGGAGACGGAGGGAAGCUCUGCUGGAGAACGAUAGAAAAUCUUUGAGAAAGCAGAACCUAUCAUUGAACAUCGAAAGAAAUCAAGUCAAAGAGGUGCGUGCAUUGAUAAAGGGACACCGCAGUGGGGUAGAACAUGGACUCUUUAUUGAUGGAGAAAUCAAUCUAGCAAGUGGCUUGGGCUUGAUAUUAAGAAGUGAGCACUUCAUUGUUUCUAAACCUGUCAAACGGCUCAAGACAAUUUGACAGAGGACGGAGGUCCUGAUCCAGCUCCUGCGGCCUGCUCCUUCUCUCUUCAUAAGUGGGGGUGACCCAGCUCAGGGCCAGCUUGCUGCAGGGCCCUUCCUGAGCAGCAGAAGCUGCAUCCGGCUUGCAGAGUCCCAUCCUUCCCCUGCUUCCUGUCCUGGGUCAGACAAGUAUUAGGCCCUCUGUCCACUACCCCACCCUUAUCUCUUUUAGCCUGUCAGACUCCUAUUCCCCACCCCCCACCCCAAGUAGUUUCCCUGGUCCUCUCUUUCACAAGUUUUUGAUUUCAAACACUAGUUUGAACUUAUUUGUAGGAAACCUGUGGAGCCUCCUUGGUCCCUUCAACAUAUACAGACUGCAACAUGACCUCCAUGUCCAGUCUCUUCUCCUUCACAAGCCCAGCAGUGAAGCGGCUUCUUGGCUGGAAGCAAGGAGACGAAGAGGAGAAAUGGGCAGAAAAAGCUGUGGAUGCCCUGGUGAAAAAGCUGAAGAAGAAGAAAGGAGCCAUGGAGGACUUGGAGAAGGCUCUUAGCUGCCCUGGGCAGCCCAGCAAGUGUGUUACUAUUCCAAGAUCAUUGGAUGGCCGACUACAGGUUUCUCAUAGAAAAGGUCUGCCUCACGUUAUUUACUGCAGAGUGUGGCGCUGGCCUGACCUCCAGUCUCACCAUGAGCUUAAGCCUCUGGAGGUGUGUGAGUACCCGUUUGGUUCCAAACAGAAGGAGGUCUGCAUCAACCCAUAUCACUACAAACGAGUGGAGAGUCCAGUGCUCCCUCCUGUCCUGGUACCACGACACAGCGAGUUCAACCCUCAGCACAGCUUGCUGGUGCAAUUCCGCAAUCUCACCCACAAUGAGCCACACAUGCCACUCAACGCCACCUUUCCAGAAUCCUUCCCGCAGCCGCACAGUGGGGGCGGCAGCAGCAACAGUGGAGGAGGUUCUUUUCCCAUCUCUCCUAACUCCCCAUACCCUCCAUCGCCAGCCAGCAGCGGUACUUAUCCAAACUCUCCUGCCAGCUCGGGGCCCUCCAGUCCAUUCCAGCUACCAGCUGACACCCCACCCCCUGCCUACAUGCCCCCCGAUGAGCAACUUGGCCAGGAGAGCCAGUCCAUGGAAACAAGUAGCACGCUGGCUCCGCAGACCAUCACAAGAGGAGAUGUACAACCAGUUGAGUAUGAGGAGCCAAGCCACUGGUGCUCGAUUGUCUACUAUGAACUCAACAAUCGUGUAGGUGAGGCUUACCAUGCAUCAUCAACCAGCGUACUGGUGGAUGGCUUCACUGACCCUUCAAACAACAAGAACCGCUUUUGCCUUGGACUCCUGUCAAACGUCAACCGUAACUCUACAAUUGAGAAUACUCGCAGACACAUUGGCAAAGGAGUGCACCUGUACUAUGUGGGAGGGGAGGUGUACGCAGAAUGCCUCAGUGACACCAGCAUUUUUGUCCAGAGCCGAAACUGUAAUUACCACCAUGGCUUUCAUCCCACAACCGUCUGCAAAAUCCCCAGUGGAUGCAGCCUUAAGAUUUUCAACAACCAAGAAUUUGCUCAGCUGUUGGCCCAAUCAGUCAACCAUGGCUUUGAGGCCGUCUAUGAGCUUACCAAGAUGUGUACCAUAAGGAUGAGCUUUGUCAAGGGCUGGGGUGCAGAGUAUCACAGACAGGAUGUCACCAGCACCCCCUGCUGGAUUGAGGUGCACCUGCACGGGCCCCUUCAGUGGCUGGACAAGGUGCUAACUCAAAUGGGCUCACCUCUCAACCCAAUCUCCUCUGUGUCCUAAUGAUGGCCUUGUUGGAGUUUGGGGAAAUCCUUUCCACAUUUUUGUUAAUUUUUCUGUUCUUCCCUUCUGUGAUUUGUAAUUUAAGUUGUUCUUACUUUUUGAACUGUUUACACCUAACUUUGGGAAAGGAUAUUGAACUGUGGCUGGAAAUGUAACAGUCUGAACCAUUUGUUCAGCUGUUGUAACAUCACAAGCAUAUACCUAAAAAAAGGAGAGGGAAAAGUAUUAGUAACAGCAUUAACACAGUACAGCUUGACGAAGUACAACAGGAACUAUUGAGGGCACAUUUGUCACACUUUAAUACAAGUCCAAAAUUAUUUUUUGCAUCAAGUUUUUAUUCUUUUGUCAAAUAUUUUUGUUUGUAUGUUUAGUUGAUAACGAAGCCAAUAUUUCAGUACUCUGCCUUGUGUACCAAUGACAAAUCUCUGAAAACAUUUCUGACAUCAUCUCAGUGUCAGACAUUCACAUUGUAAAGGAACAAACAUUUGUGACGCAUUGGGCUAAGUUAUAACACAUUCUUUCUUUUUCUACACGAUAAAAAAGAACACUGAGCUACUGCCUUUAAGAGAUGGUUGUGUAUGUCGAACUGUUUUUAACAUGGGAGAUCAAUCACUGUAAUAGUUUAAUAUACCAUAAGCUAACAACGUUUUCAACUGUAUAACUUUUGGAAAAGCACUAGUUGGUUGAAUAUGAUCAGACAAUGGACAGCAUUAUGGAUUCUUAUUUGUACUCUUGAGCAAGUAAGAGAUACUAAUUCUAUUAACUACAAGCAGUGCACUCUGUGUUUUUUCUGAGGCAUUUUUAAAUUUCAGUGUAUGUACAAGGCAAUAUGUUCAUAGAAUAUUGACACUAGCUAAAAGAAAUAAAACAGUUAUUCAGUAACAA